AUGGCUCAACCAACAACCCUCUCAAUCCCGUCUGGCCUGUUCGAGUUCGAACGCAAGUCGCCAGGUUCGCCCAUAUCUCCAGUCGGGACCUGCCCCGAGUCGCAGGGUGCCGAGUCGCAGGUCGACUAUGCCGCCGGCUCUGAAGCCGUCUCUUCAAGCUACCACGAAAGUCACUUUCAAGACAAAGCUGAUGUAAUACCCGAGAAUCCAUUCGACAGUGAGAGCAGCAGGGUCCUGUUCGAUGCCAUUGACAAGCUCCAAUCCUGUGGAGUUAGCCAAGAGUUGGCUAUUCCUCAGCUGGUCAUUGUCGGUGGUCAAUCCACAGGGAAAUCGUCACUACUACAAAGCUUGACCGAUAUUCCCUUUCCAGUCGGUUCAGGCUGCUGCACUCGCUUCGCGACAAGGAUCGUAUCUCGGAGAACCGCGCCUGGAAGUCGUAGCUCCGUCAAGGUGACAAUCGUAGAGCCUGAUGUUACCGACAAGUUUGGCUAUCCACCACAUGAUACUUACAAGGAAUUUCCGCCUUAUGUAACUGAUCAUCUGGGCGUCGAAGAGUUUACGCAGCUUAUGGAAACCAUCACCACCAAGUACAUGGGAAUCAAGAGAGGCAAAGGACAUGCGACGAAAAACUUUGCCUCUCAAGUUCUUCGGAUAGAACUCUCAGGCCCUUGCCGAUCACAUUUCAGCAUCCUUGACGUACCUGGCAUCUUCUCUUACGCCCAUGAUGUCAAUGAGGACGAAGAGCAUGGUGUGAGACAGAUGGUUGAGGAGUACAUGAGACAACCAGCGAACAUUGUCAUAUGCGUGGCCGCCGCCACGGCUGAUUUGUCUACUCAAGAAAUCUUCAAGAUGGCCGCCAAUUUUGUCGACAAAUAUCGUCUUGUUGGAGUCUUCACCAAGUGCGACAGGCUGGAGAACCCGAACGAGGUCAUUGACAUUGCCAGCGGGUAUGGCAAAGACUCUUCAAGAUCUAUGAAGGACGGCUGGUUUGUAGUGAGAAAUCGAUCCGACGCCGACGAUGAAGAGUUUGAUUUCAAAGAAGCUGAACGCAAACUCUUCAGUCGCUCGCCUUGGGACAGAAUCCCGGAGAAUCGACGAGGCUCCGUACAGCUUCAGAAAUAUCUUGGCAAUCUUCUCUGUGCUCAAAUUCGAGGAAACUUUCCCGCGAUUCAAGAGUCAGUCCGGAAGUUGCUCUCGGAUGCCAAAGACAGCAGGCAGAGCCUAGGAGAGCCUCGACCAAGUCAUAGUCUCCGUCAGCAGUACAUCAGGGAUGUGGUCGAGAAGUACCACACAGUUGCAACAAAGACUCUCAAGAGUCCCGGAUCGUUGACCAAAGACAGUCUACGGGUCAGAGGAUUAGUUCGUCGCGCAAACGAAAGCUUCACCGCUCAAAUGCUUGCACGCGGGCAUACUCACACCUUUGAAGACCACGGAGUUGACCCCAUGGCCCAGCUCUCCGACACGAUCACAUUAUUGUCAAAUCCUCAACUAGCCACAGACUCGACGCCAACCGGGCACGAGCAAGUUGCUACACCACCAGCAACACCGCCAAAGAAGCGACAUGCUCCGCCGCCUCAAAAAUCUAUCAAAACUCAGUCUGUCCACGCCGCGUCAUUCAUGGACGAAAUCCGUGAGCAGCUUCACAUUUGGCAGACAACAGAGCUACCCGGGAUGGUGAACACAGAGGUCAUCCAGAUUCUCUACAAAGCGCAAUCAGAGAAGUGGCAGCAGAUUGCCAAACAGCACAUUGAGAACAUAGCCGAUGAUGUAGAGAGGGCCUCAAAUUCGAUUCUCGAGGAUGUUUGUUCGCCCAACAAUUGCUCGAAAAUUCUGUAUGAGGAGCUGGCACGAGCCCUUACCCACUUUCAGCAAGAAGCCAAGCAAAAAGCCCUUGGAGAGCUCAACGAGCACUGCCGACGCGAGAGAGAAGCUCAUCUCCAGACAACAGACGCAAGGUUUCACGAAAGGCUGCAGGCUCUACGUACUGUUCGACUUCUCAAAGCGAUUGGCGCCAGCUUCUCUUCAUUCAAAGUUCUGGACCUGAGCAGCUCCAGGACUCUCUUCCAUCAAUUACACCACUCAAUCGAGAGCAACAUGGUUAACGAUGUGCAUGACGUUGUUAAAGUUUACUACGAACUUUCUCUCGAGGCCUUCAUCAGGUACAUCACCAACGAUAUUGUUGAGGAUUUCGUAUCUUUCUCCAAGGGACCCCUGUUGGGAUUAUCUACGGACUGGGUCUUUACGUUGACUGAUGAAGAAGUUCAGAGGCUCGCUCGCGAGGAUGACGAGACAAUGGAGAGACGUUCGCACUUUGACGGAGUCAUUGAGAAGCUGCAAACUGCGCAUGAAAUAGCCGAAAAGGCUAGAAUUCAGACUCGGAAUCUUAGGGACAUGUGA